GAUUUGUAUUAACAACAGUUUAACAAAAAUACAUGAUGUCUCUGAAAACCCACAUCUUAUAUCUCGUGGUCACGGUGACUGUAAUGUCCGUACAGCUCUGCAGCGGACACGCUCCUGACACAGCGGAUGUUUUUGAACAGAAGCCUGCGGUACAAGGCAGAAGUGUGGAGUCUGAUAGACAACAUGGAUCUGCUGCUCAAACACGACACGGUUCACUUGCAUUCAAGUUUGACGAACAUGGUGACCGCAGAUCGACUCCAGAGCUGCACAAUUUGUUGGCUGCAAAACUGAAGCGCAUGGAUCCAUCAGUGCACUGUAGUGACAGCUCGAUGACUCUGAAAGUCAAUGGGAUCAGAGCUCCUCACUUUCUCGUGGAUAGCGGUGAGGGAGCCCUUACUCCUUUUUCUCAAAUGCCCUCUCAAUGUGGCUUCUCUGUGAAGAGGUCCCGCAGAGAUGUGCACUUUGCUGCACCUUACCAGGGCUGCCAUGUAACCAAGCAGGAUGGUGAUUACGUACUACCUCUACGCUUAGGGGGGACACCGAUGACAAUGUCUUGUCCUGCUGUGUUACCACUACCCUCUGUUUCCUGCUUCCCAUCUGGGAUGGUGGUGAAGAUCAGUGGUAUUGCAGCACAUGGAGUCAAAAUUAAAGUGUCUGGCACGUGGAGGUCCCUUUCAUCGGUGUGUAGCAGUUGUGGAAUUGCUAUUGAAGUGUUCUCUGGAGGGCUGACCCUCACUGCACCCUAUAACAGAGGCUCGUGCAUACAGAUCAAGGAUGAGGAGUAUUUACUCUCUCUUCUGUUGGCGGAUGCUGAGCUCUUGGUCACAUGCCCUUCAUUACCGGACAUCAAGCCAACCACUGCAGCAACUACCCCUCCUAGUGACAAAGGCCAGGUCCUGCAGUAUCCUCAGUACCCCCAGUUCCCAAUGUUUCCUCAAUACCCAGUGUUUCCUGGGCCCACUCCUCCACCACACACCUCCACUCCUACUGAAGGUACAGUGGCUCCGUUGCCUCAGCGUCUACAGUUUCCCUUGGGUGCUGCUACAGACUCUAACACUGGAAACCCAGAAGCACCUGCAGCUCAGUUCCCUGCAUUAUCACUCAUGGCACAGUAUCCACAGUUCACUCAGUACCCUCUGUUCCCCAGACCCGUACCACCAACGCAAUCCACUGCUCAGAAAAACACGGCUGCGCUUCCAGCCCAGCCACCUCAGAUGCCACAGUAUCCAUUUUCCUUUUUCCCACAGUUCCCCAUGGUACCUGGAAUUUUCCAUCCAGCAACCCCUCCUCCUCCCGCAACUACAACAGAAGCUUUGGUAACCACACCUGCCCCCACCACAAAGCAUGAUGGGAAGCCUCAUGUUCCCCAGCAGCCACACUAUCUAAAGCCCUCUCAUUAUCCUUUCCUGCCAUUCCCAAAAGUCCCGCUGCCUCCACAAGGUCAAACUCCUCAGGAUCCCAAACCUGUCAUCCAGCAGCACAACCCAUACGUGUAUCCUCAGACCUAUCAGAUCCCCGUGCUGUAUCCUCCUCCUAAGUAUCCCUCUCAAAGACAGAAUACUCAAACUGCUGCUCCUGUCACCACCUCACUGACCAGCGCAGCUACGACUUUAAAGCCUGCAGCUCAAAAGCAAUUUUAUUACCCACACCCAUAUAUGCCAGCAUAUUAUGUUCCUCAGAAGGCUCCCAUUCCAGUAUUUCCUGAUCCUCCAACUACGCCUCCCACAAACCCAGCUCCAUCUGAUCAGCGUGAACAUCAGCCUGUGUACCACGCCAUGCCUCCAUUUUAUCCUUUCCCUUCACAUCAAAGGCCAAAAUCAGUUGCAAGAAAGGUCCUGUUGACUGGAGAAGGAGAAUCAGACUCUCGUUCAUACAUUUAGGUUAACCUCACAGAAUAGACCCACAAAGCUGGAAUAGA